GGAGCCCAGCGGCCCGGGAGCUACGGACGGACCAGCCGCCGUCGCCGGUGCCGGACGCAACAGGGCUGCCUGGAAAGGAUCUGAGGCAGAGAAAACUGACCGUGGCCUCCAUGAGAAACAGGAAAGAGGCUCACACCCAGGGGCCCAAGAUGGAUGAGCAAGAAGAGGAGGAGGACUGGCAGUCAGACAGCGAUGCCCGGGACACGGCGGGGAAGCGUUCAGAUGGAUCCAGCCGGAGCUUGAAGGCCGGAGGUCGCAGAGUGAGCCUCCAGCUGGAAGUGCAGGAAGAUUACUCUCCACCCUCCAGCCCCACUGGCUGCCCAGCAGAACCCUUGGGGGGGCAGGAGCUCCCCGUGGAACUGCAGUGUGACGACGAGGAAACUUACGAGACCUGUUACGGGAAGCGGGGUGAAACCACGGCCGGCAUUUUCGUCACCUCCAGUACGAACUUUGACUUACAGUGUGAGGAUGAAGACUUGGAACUGUAUUCCUCGGAGCACUCCGAAGAGCCUCAGGAAGAGCUUAGUGAGGAUGAUGAAAGCAUCAUCCUCAUCGACGCUUUCGACGAUGACGACGAAGGCGACGAUGACCUGGAGCCCAUCGCUGGAGAAGACUUCCCUUACCGGUGCAAGAUGUGCGGGGCGUCUUUUCAGGACCUAAUGGAGCUGAAGGACCACAAAGGGACCCACCUCGCCGAUCGCUCCUACUGCUGCCCCAUCUGCGGGAAGGAGUUCUUUCGGGCUGCGAACCUGCGCAUGCACAAACUGAUCCACUCCAGCGAUCGGCCGCACAAAUGUCCCGAGUGUGACAAAGGAUUCAUCCGCACAGCCGAUGUCUGGAGGCAUUUGCGUAAUGUCCACAAAAUCGAGCGUUCCAAAGUGGUCUUGGGCCACGGCGCCGUUAGGAACCCCUGGUCUACGAUGCAUCAGAGCCAGCACGGAAGGGAUCUGGACCAGCAGGGUUCAGACGCUCAGAAGCCAGGAGACGAAGAGACCAAACCGUACAUCUGCCCUACAUGCGGCAAGGGGUUCCGCAAGCCAAACCUGCUGUCCAAGCACAAGGUGAUCCACCGGCAGGACAAGCCUUAUAAAUGCCUGGAGUGUGGGAUGGCUUUCGUUCAGCUGCUCCGGCUGAAAAGGCACCAGCAGACCCACUCUGGAGAGCGCCCUUUCUACUGCAAGGAGUGUGGUGGGACCUUUACCCGCCUGGCAUCGCUCCAACGCCAUCAGCGAAUUCACACUGGGGAAAAGCCUUAUUCUUGUGCAUACUGUGGCCAUUCCUUCACUGAGUCAGGCACACUGAGGAGGCAUGAGCGCACUCAUAAAGUGGAGAAGUCAUAGUAGCACUGUUCUCUUCUAUUUAAGGCCAUUUUUUGUUGCUCCGUUAAACCGAGACAUAUAGAUUACCCACUACAUCAAGACUCAUUCAGUCCCUGCCAGUCAUUCUCCCAGGGAUAUUCUGAAUAGCUCCAUUAUGGCCUUGCUAUCUUUAGAAAUCACAUGUACUUUCUUCCUCUAACGUCUAGACUCAUAAGACCAAGGCACAGUCUUUAUAGCCAUGAGCAGAGUGAAUGGGAAAACUACUAGUAAUGUCUGAAAAGCCAAAUGAAUGUGUUGGAGGCAAACCCUUUCCCCAGUAGACACUGGCAGCACUGUCUUACCUUGAUGGACUUCUCCGGGGGCUCUUGAUCACUUUCUCGGUGAGCGUGGUUUUAAAUGAAGAUCUUCCAGAAUCAAGUACCAUUCUGGUUUGAAAGUUUAUAAAUCCAGGCUUGUUCUAAAUUGGUAGUUACAGUCUGGGCCAGUGUCACCCAUCUUUUUUUUUUUAACAAAAAAAUAAUUUUCAAAUCAGGUCUGUAAUAAAACUGACAAUGAAUUGGUAGGUCUGGCCCUUGAACAUAGAGGUUCAGUUAUCAGGUCCUAAAAACUCACACUUUCUAGUGAAAUUUCCCCCACUUCAUUAAGGUCAGAUUGACCUUGGUCUUUACCUAUACUUCUCUUUCCCUGUCCUGUUUCUUUUCUUUUACUAACCCCCUUUCACAAGUUCCUUGGAACCAUUGUUAACUGAUCUCCUCAUGUUGCGCUUCCUGCUCAUAUUCUCUUUGGUUCUUACCUGGCUACUCUUUUAAGAAAGAUAUUUGGAAGAAAUUUUUCUAAGAAGAAUAGGUAGGAUGUAUUGCAAAUUAAACUGUUGUAAUGAAUUAAAGAGUUUGCUAGCUAAAGCCUUGCCAAGAAAAAAUUUAGGAACCAUUUUAAGAUGUGUGCGGCUAACUUUUUUUAAAAUAAAUUUAGUCCUAAUGUUUUUUAAGUUAUAAAAUUAA